ACAGGUUUGAGGUGUGGUUUUGUUUUGUCGAAAAUUGGUGUUUUAUCAGGCUAAAUUGCUUAGCAAACGGUUCGGUUCGAGUGUUUCCGGCAACGAAAAGUCGCUGAACGGCAAAUUCUAGUGACGUAGUGUACAGUUUUGCGUGUUGUGCGGUAGUAUCGAAAAGAGAACCAAAAAUGACCGGACGGCUACCAGCUUGUGUGAUCGAUGUAGGAACUGGCUACACAAAACUCGGCUUCGCUGCAAACAAGGAACCGCAGUUUAUCAUUCCUUCGGCAAUUGCCAUCAAAGAAUCGGCCAAAGUCGGUGACCAGAGUGCUCGCCGGGUUACCAAAGGAGUGGAGGACCUGGACUUUUUCAUCGGCGACGAAGCUUUCGAUGCCACCGGAUACUCCGUGAAGUAUCCCGUUCGUCAUGGGCUCGUCGAAGACUGGGACCUGAUGGAGAGGUUUUUGGAACAGUGCAUUUUCAAAUAUCUCCGAGCGGAACCGGAGGACCACCAUUUCCUGUUGACAGAGCCGCCGCUAAACACGCCGGAAAAUCGUGAAUACACUGCCGAAAUCAUGUUCGAAACGUUCAAUGUUCCCGGGCUGUACAUUGCCGUGCAGGCCGUGCUGGCCCUUGCCGCUAGCUGGGCUUCGCGGCCAGUCGAGGAGCGCACCCUAACCGGUAUCGUUGUGGACAGCGGCGAUGGAGUUACACACGUUAUUCCGGUGGCCGAAGGGUACGUCAUCGGAUCCUGUAUCAAACACAUUCCGAUUGCCGGCCGCAACAUUACCUCGUUCAUCCAGAGUUUGCUGCGAGAGCGUGAGGUUGGCAUACCGCCGGAGCAGAGCCUUGAAACGGCCAAAGCGAUCAAGGAGCGGUACAGCUACAUCUGCCCGGACAUUGCCAAGGAGUUUGCCAAGUACGACGCGGAACCGGCCAAGUGGAUGCGCCACUACGAAGGUAUCAAUGCAAUUACGAAGCAACCGUUCGGAGUCGAUGUCGGGUACGAGCGUUUCUUGGGGCCGGAAAUUUUCUUCCAUCCGGAGUUUUCCAAUCCUGACUUCACGACACCACUGUCGGAGAUUGUGGACACGGUCAUUCAGAACUGCCCAAUCGAUGUCCGGCGUCCGUUGUACAAUAAUAUUGUUCUGAGCGGUGGAUCGACAAUGUUCCGUGAUUUCGGGCGCCGCCUACAGCGUGAUAUCAAACGAAGUGUUGAUGCCCGACUAAGAAUUAGUGAAAAUCUUAGUGAAGGAAGAAUUAAGCCAAAACCAAUCGAUGUCUCGGUGAUCUCGCAUCAUAUGCAACGGUACGCCGUCUGGUUUGGAGGAAGUAUGCUGGCCUCGACGCCCGAAUUUUACCAAGUGUGUCACACGAAGGCCGCCUACGAAGAGUACGGCCCGGGCAUAUGCCGCCACAAUCCCGUAUUCGGUACCAUGACAUAGUCGCGUUCAACGUAAGCACCGAACCUGAUAGAGCAAAUUGUGUCCAUCCUCGAUGGCUGGAAACGGAAGCGACCGGAUUGGGUUUAAAAUGAACAAACUAAUCGAAGGACUAGCGGUCUCUAUUUUAGCACAUUGUUUGUCAAAUUCAUUUAACUAAUCACACUGGUUAUGGCUAACGUGCCAGUUGUAUUUCGCACGUACGUAUAUUAUUUCUUUUCUACGUAUCAUUUCUAAGCGUACUGGAGCAACACAAAGAUUCUAAAGUUGUUUCCGGCCAUCUUUAUAUGAUUCUUAUUGCCUUCUUUUUGCCCCAAAUAUGUUAAAAUUAUCAAAACCAUGAUGCAAAUUGUCACAAAAUUGCAAGUCCGAUGAAGUGGAUAACUAAUCAAUUCAAUUGAACCUGUGGUGAGAUGCUAGCAAUGUAUUAUGCCAGCAUCAGCAGUAUGUUAUGCAUUUAUCGUUUUCGUUUGUAGACUGAUCUUUUCAUUCAUCUCCAGUAGGAGACGUGCUUCCCGACCAGACACACGACUAGCAAAAUUACCGAAACGAAACAAAUUAUUAGAAAUUCAGCAUGCAAUUCAACCAGUAUUCUACAUUUCAUACGCCUGUACUUCGUCCUUUUCAUUCAACCGUUGGUCCUAGCGUUGUGUAGGCUAGCAUGAAUCGUCGGCCAAAGUCGUGAUACAGUUGCAGAUGUUUCAGGGCGAAAGCGAUUCUUUAAUAAGAUAAAACGUUAAGAGU